AUGUCCUUUCUUCAUACCCACUCAAGCGAGUGUAUAAAGAGCGAACUCGAUUUCUUCUCUCUACCGCCUACGCAAACCAGCAUCGAGAGUUCGCAAUGGAUUUAUUACAAACCCGUAACUUCACUCGCGGACGACUCACCCAUAGAAUUCGUCAUACCCGGCCAUGGAGAAGACUAUCUGGAUCUCACUCACACCAUGUUGAGCCUUCGCAUACGCGUAGAAAGCGAACGCGGAGAGAGCACAUCGGUCGCAGCCGCCGACGCGGCAAAAGUAGGGCCCGUAAAUCAUUUACUGCAUUCCAUGUUCAACCAAAUCGACGUAUAUUUCAAUCAAAAACUCGUGUCGCCACCAAACAACGCUUACGCUUACCGCGCGUACAUCGAGGCGUUAUUAAAUUAUGCUUCACCCGCAAAAACUUCCCAUCUAACCUCUUGCUUAUGGGACGCGGAUAUUCCCGGCUACAUGGACGACACGUUAGACUCGUCAAAUCCAAAUACGGCACUCGAGAGACGUGCGAAAUACAUUCAAGGAAAUCGUGCGCUGGAUCUCAUAGGCCACCUUCACUGCGACGUUUUUAAUCAAGAUAAAUUUUUAAUUAACGGAGUGGAAGUUAGAAUGAGACUCGUACGUUCCAAAGAUUCAUUUUGCCUUAUGGAGAGUAGAACGAUAUCAAAAAUACGUAUUCUCGAUGCCAGUUUACUCGUAAGAAGAGCAAAAAUAAGUCCGGGUGUGCUACUCUCACACGCUAGAAUGCUGAGUAAAACUACCGCCAAGUACCCCCUUACGAGAGUCGAAGUUAAAACAUUCACAAUACACGCCGGCGUCAUGGGGGAAUCGAUAGACAAUGCAAUACUCGGACAGUUGCCGAAACGAAUAAUAGUCGGCUUUGUCGAUAACAAAGCGUUUAACGGCGAAGAAAAUUGA